AUGGCGACAACCGGCAGGGCCUUCAUAUUCUUUAGCGUCCUCUUCCUGGCAAAUGGCAUGUUCAAGAAGGGCGCGAAGCAGCUGACGUCUCAGGAGCCUGGCAAGCGACCUCCGGUCUCUUUGCAUCUGGACUCCGGAAGCGACCUUCAUACCGUCAGUCGUGGAAACGGCUUUCGAAAAGCUGAAGGGACAACGGCGACGCCGGCACUGCUGGCCGCCGAGCCCUUGAAGUGGGUGCACAUCCCGAAGUGUGGGACCUCCUUCCUGAAUGUAUUAAUCCAUCUCCCUGAUGUCUGCCCGGGAGUAGACGACUCUUUCCAAGUGAAUAGAGAAGUCAUGGGUGACCUUUUCGAGGUCAAGUUUGAGGAUGCUUGUCCUUAUGUCUGCGAUAAGACGAAGUUCCUGUGCAACCCAAAGCAGCUGGGAGUCUUUCACGUGACGCACGUGGGCGUCGGACAGCAGUAUGAGUUCCUGAAAGGCGGCAACUUCCGAAAGGUUCAACGUUUAGGGCUUCAGCGGUUGAGGAUUUAA